AUGUCUGCCUCCACCCUCUCCCGGCGAGGCAAUCUGGCCCUCAUCCACACGCUUCUCAUAUCCCUCGCCUUUUUGGCCAUCUCCGCCGUCUCGACAUCCAGCACCUACCUGCCCACCCGACGAGACGCCUUCACUGACGUCCGCGGCACAGCAGGCGACAAGUCGCUUGCCAGCGUCGGAGCACGACCGGCAGGAGCCUAUGCACGCCCCAUCCCCAUCACACUGACCAGCCAGAUCUUCACCUGGUACAGCAAAACUCCGAACAACGAAGCAGACGCCGAAUCGGCCUUCAUCAUCAUCCACGGCGUCGCGCGCAAUGCAGGCACCUACUGGACCAUUCUCAACAACGCCUGGGCCAAAGCGCGCGAUGCCUCGGUCGGUUCGGCCAGGCCCAACUCGAUCCGUGUCGCCCCUCUGUUCUUCAGCACGCUCGAGGACGAGGGGGCCUACAAUGCGACGCAGCUGGGAUGGGGUGAUUCGAAUGCGUGGACCGCGGGCGAGGCGAGCACCUAUCCGCCAGGAAGCGGCGUCUCGUCGUUUACCGUACUCGAUACACUGCUGCGUAGGUUCAGCGACAAGAGCGCCUAUCCAAAGAUGAAGUACAUCACUUUCGUUGCACACGGAGGCGGUGCGCAGAUGCUGCAGAGGUAUGCUGUGCUGGGUGCACCCAAUCCGGCCCCUUCGCGUCUGAGUGUGCGUUACGUAGUGGGUGAUCCCUCUUCUGAACUGUACUUUACCAAAGACCGACCCGUCGGCGUUGACCGAAAAUCGUGCCCCGCCUGGAACGACUACCGCUACGGCCUACAAAAGGCAACGACCAACUACGCUAGCCUGAGCCCCAAACGAGCACCGGGCCUCUUCAAGUCGUACGCAGCCAAGGAGGUGCGCUACGUCGUAGGUCUCGCCGACGAAUCCACCACCAACGGUGACCAGACCUGCAUGGCUCACGCCGUAGGCGGCAACCACCGCCGAAAUCGCAGCCUCGCGUACUGGAAGUACAUCCAUCUGCUCUCGGGCACCACCUCACCCGACCAUCUCAAGAACUUUCCCGGCAUCUUCCCCGCCCUCGACCCCAAGUACGGUGCUACGACGCAAACCAACAUCCCAACAUCGAGCAGAGCUGUAUCGUCCCGAUUCAAAGGUGUGCAGGUGAAGCACAGUCUGACCGUGGUUCAGGGGGCGGGACAUAGCGCGAGCAAGGUGUACGGCUCCCCCGAGGGUCGCAAUGCUCUGUUCGCCGAUCAGGCGAGUUCGGGGAGCGGCACUGUGCCAGACUACUCGAAGGAGCUGGAUGGUUACACUGCCGAUGCGGCUGGUGCCAAGAACUACAGCGACGACGACGACGACGACGACUCGUAA